CCUCAAGUGCAGUCUUGCCCAAUCUCACAAGCGCUACUGCCGUAGGCAGCACAGCGCAGUCAGUUGGAAGGCCAAGAUGCUGGCGGUUGUGGUGGUCACUUGCCUCGCCGUGCUGGCGUCGGGGAGACAGGCCGAUGGCCUGACCCUCGGGGAACCAGGUCGCGCAUCGGACAAGGUUGGGGCCGCGCUGCAGGAUGAAGAUCUCUAUUCCAUUCCACAAGGAUUUCUUCUGGGUGCCGGAGUGUCGGCGUGCCAAGCUGAAGGGGCGUGGGACGCGGACGGUAAGGCUGAGAGCGUCUUAGAUCGUAUGGCCCACGUCAAGAACAAUCCGGUUUUCCACAGUAGCCCUGAUGUAUCGUCUAAUCAUUAUCACCGCUACAAGGAAGACUUGGCGAUGGCAAAGGACAUGAAGUUCACAUCACACCGUUUCUCCAUCUCCUGGUCUCGCGUGCUUCCCAAGGGAGAUACCAGCCACGUCAACCAGGAAGGUGUCCGUUUCUACCAUGACUACAUUGACGAGAUCAAGCGCUUAGGCAUGGAGCCAAUGGUGACGAUGCUGCACUUCGAUCAGCCGUACACACUGGAAGUGGAGACGGGAGGUUGGACCAAGCCAGCGAUGGUGGAUAAAUACGUCGAGUACGCCGGUUUUCUCUUUGCCGAGUUUGGCAGCAAGGUGAAAUACUGGACCACAGUCAACGAGCCCAACAUGUACUGCAACUACUUCCCCACCGUCAUGAACUUGUCGGGGCUGGCACCGAAGGAUGAUAUGAAUAUUUACAAGUGUAUGCACAAUAUGGUCAUUGCGCACAUGAAAACGUACCGCUUGUAUAAGGAGAAGUACUACAAGGACCAGCAAGGCUUCGUGGGCACCUCCGCGCUGCUGUGGCCGUCCAUUCCCGCGACCACCAGCGCCGAGGACGUCGUGGCCGCCGACACCUUCAACACAGUCUUCGCCGGGACCGUGCUCCACCCGCUGGUGUACGGCGACUAUCCUCCGCUCACGCGCUACAUCGUCGACAGCCGGUCCAAGGCGUUGGGGCUCGCCGAGUCUCGUCUCCCGGAAUUCACCCCAGAGGAAAAGGAGCAGCUGGUUGGAACCACGGACUUCAUCGCACUCAACGUUUACAGCAGCUUCGUUGCAGCGUAUGACCUGGACGGUUCAGGCGGCGAAGUAACGCCCGCCCUUCUUGGGCCCAUCAUGGACGACAUGGCGUUCCUCAAGCUGUCCGGUGGAAUGGCGAGCUUCAACACGACUGAUGCCUCCAUGAUGCGUACGACACUUCUGUGGGCUUGGAAUGCUUACCACGUGCCCAUCGUCAUCGCGGAGAACGGCUUUGGCGACAUGACCGGUGUGGGCCUUCGAGACAGCGCCCGGUCUGUAUACCACAGCUCGAAUCUUCGAUCACUCCUUCAGACUAUGAAGCAGUUUGACGUGAAAGUGAUUGCUUAUUAUGUAUGGGCACUUCUCGACGUCUUUGAGUUCUCUGCGGGAUACGAUGAGCGCCCUUUUGGACUGAUUCAAGUUGAUUACAAGGAUGCCUCAUUAAAGAGGACGCUGAAAGACUCAUCUCAAUUUUUCGUCGAAAUUGGCAACACCGGCAGAGUCCCGUACAUUGCGCCACCCCUAAACUCAGCAUCUGGGGUUCAACAUGUUUGCUCCUGGUUGAUGUUGUCCAUUAGUUUUUUGGUGGUUAAUUCUAGAUUCCCCUAUUUUUGAGUACCUGAGCAUAUGAUUGAUCUUUUAGUAGUAGUAACAAAUAAUGCUGAAUAAAAUAAUCUAAUCUAUGUUUGAA